CUCUCUCUCUCGGUCUCUCCAUCCUUCUUCUUCUACUUUUGUGCUCUGCUUCACUUUUUAUUUCUCUCUCUCUGUCUGAAACCAUCACCAAAGAAAUCAACAUGCCCGGAGUUGCCUUCGCUGCUGUUCCUGCGUCCGAUCUGGGAAUAUUCUUAUCCGACUCCACGGCCUUCUCUCGCUCCAUCUCCGUCUCAUCUUCCACUUCACCCUCUCCUUCUUCCUCCUUUCGCUGUUGCACCCCAUUGAACCUCCGAUCGCUUCGCUCUCAUCGCUCCCCCAAGUUUUCUCCUAUUUGUUGCGGUUCUUCUUCACACGGAAGCUCUACCUCUCCCGAUCUCGAGUUUCUCCAAGCCUCUGUCCUCGUUGCAGAGACGAGUAUGCAUUACAAAAUGCGGAGACAUGAUGGAUUCCGCCAAGAUUCAAUGUGGCACACUUCUAGGCAUUUGCCUCCUUUUGCUGUUAGAGCUAGUGAAUCCAGCCUUGGUGUUCUCCCUAUUGGACUCGGCUUUCUCCGUCAAUUCAAACACCCCACCAUCUUUCUCAAGAUCUCCUGUGAUGGUGACUACUUGCUUCCCGUUAUUGUUGGGGAUGCUGCUGUUGAGAAACUCUUACAAGUACCACUGCAAGGCCUGACUGAGGAAUGCCCUGAUCAGUUCCAGUUCGUGUCUGCUGUUGUUGACAAACUUGGAUAUGAAGUUAAAAUGGUGAAGCUUACAAGUAGAGUUGUAAACACUUACUAUGCAAGUCUAUGUCUUGGCAAGCCAGGAGACAAUGAUGUUAUAUGCUUUGAUUCACGGCCAUCAGAUGCCAUCAACGUAGCAAGAUCAUGCCAGGCUCCAAUAUAUGUGAAUAAAGCAAUAGUUCUGGAAGAGGCUAUCAAAAUUGGUUAUGGAGGCAGAUCGCAGAGCGCAAAGCCUACUUUCAAUGUUAUACUUGACAGGUUUUUAGUUUGUUGCGCUCCCGAGGGACCAGAUCCUUUAUCAGAAGAGCUUAAACUAGUAAGGAAUAUGGAUUUGGCCUCCAAAGAGGAAAGGUACAUCGAUGCAGCGAUGUGGAGAGACAAAUUGAAGAAGCUGCAGAACUCGAGCUCUGCUGUAUAUAAUAAGGGUGAAGCAACUCCUGAGAGCGAGAGCUAUGAGUAGAGAAAGAAUAGGAGCAAAGAAAGCAAAUGAAUGUAGAUAAGAAUGCAAGUGUGAUGAAAAGGGUAUGGAGAAGAGAAAUAUAAGAUGCGCUUAGAUUGAGGGUAUGGCAUGUACUGAGAGGAAGCACUUAGAUUAAUAGUAUCGCACCACGUAAUUGAGGGUAAAAUGAAAGAAGGGAAUGUGUAAAAUGUAAAUGGAAGAAAAAUAAAUGAAAUGCAUUCUUUUCAGAUGUGGUUGUUGCUGAUUGUGGAAGACAAAGCAGUAAGUUAUAAGAAACGUGAAUGAUUUCUCAUGAAA